UGCUACUACACCUAAUAAGGGUUUGACUGAGCCCUCAAUCUUUUCUUUCCUUGUCAUAAAUUAAAAGUUUUAUUAUAAAAUAUUCUCUCCUACCUUAAAAUCUUAAAAAUGUGUUUAAGCUGUCUGAAUAAUAAUGAUUUUCUCAUACAUUUUUUUUCUUUUGAAUAACAUAGCAUAGCAUUAGGUUUUUAAAUUUUAAUUCUUUUAAAUUUAAUUUUGAAGGUGCAAGUUCGUUAUAUUGAUUUCGGGAAUUGUUAAGCUGUUGAAAAAAGUAGUCUUGUCAAACUGCCUGUGACUCUAUCUGGUUUUUCUCCUGUAGCAUUAAAGUACUCUUUGUCAGGAAUAGAACUUGUAAACACGAAAGAUACAUCUGAGUUGUUCAUUAAGGGUAGAGAAACUUUGAAAGAAAUUAUUCAUGAUAAAUAUGUUGAAAUCAGUACAAAAAUGCAUGUGGAUAAUUGAUUUAAAGAAAAUGGAAACUUAUGUACAAUUUUUUCUAUUAAUAAAGUCGAAGCUGGACCAGAAUUUAUUACAAACUUAAUUUCUACAGGUGCUGUAAGAAAAAAAGUUGUUAUAGAUGAGAAAGCUAAAGAUUUGCAAAUGCAGCUUGAAAAUGCAGAAUCAGAAAUAAAAACAUUAAAAUCAAGACUCAAAGAGUUAGAGAUAAUACAAGAAAAGGUCACAAAUCAAGAAAAAAACUUGCAUUUAUUAAUGAAAACACCAGUUACAUUUUGUUUACAAAAGUUAUUUUAAAAUGUUCAGAAUUUGCGUAAUGUUAGAGCUAUAUUUGCUUCAGGAGAGAAUUUAUUUCCUGCUCAAAUUCAAAAAAUGGUUGAUUUGAUGUUACAUUCACAUAAAAAUAUUAAUCUUGGUCAUAUAAGACACUAUCAAAAUGUCAUAACGACUCAAAGUUUUAUAAAAGAACAUAAUUAUCAAAUAUCUAAUUGCACAAAUAAAGAAAAGUUACAAUCUUUAAUAGAAGCUCGUGAUAAAGCUAUUAAAAAACUUGUUCAUGACUUUCUAAUGUUGGAUGUUCCGAUGAUUCAACAAUAUGUCUAUUUUCUAAAACAUUUUUAUAUUGAUUAUUGAUCUCCCAUUGAACAAAUUUCAACUUGCUCAACCGCUCAGCUGUUGGUAGCAACGCUACAUGUUUUAAAAAAACUUUUAUUUGCUGUUGAAAAAUUUGAAACCUUACCAAUGCUUAAAAAUGAUAAACUAAAUGCUCUGCAAUUAACUGCUAAUGAAAAAAGCAAUAAAUUUUAUACAGCUCUGAGUGAAUCACUACAUGAAUGUCAUUGUGUAGUUAAGGAUGUCAAAGGUGAAGUGGAAAAUGUUGACAAUUGUAUAAAGGAAUACGAAGAGGCAAUUUUUGAAGAAAUCAAUCAAAUAACUGCUUUAGAAGAAUUAUAUAAUAAUGAAAAUGUCUUAAGCGAUGUAGUUAUUGCAUUAGAAAAAUCCAUAUCAUCUGAAAUACUUGAUAUUGAAAUCUUACAAUCAAACAUGAUUCCAAAAAUGAUGGAAAAAUAUGUAAGCAUUCUUAAUAACAAACCUGACACAACAAAUGUUUUUAUUAUACGUAAAAAGUUAAAAGUUUUAAAAUCAAAACACAGAUAUCUUCUUGCUGAUAUAAGUGACAUUGAAGAGGAUUCUGAAGAAAAUGAGAGCGUUAAUGUUGAAUUGCUUGAAGAGAAACUGAAAGAACUUAGAAGAGAUCUUCAUUAUGUUUUUGUUGAAGAGCUUAAAGAAAUGAGAAAACUUUUAAAUCUAUAUGAAGAUUUUCCCGAGUUAAGUCAACUGUAUCCUGAACUUCAUCUUGAUAAGUUUAAGGUAUCUAAUGGACUGCUUCAAAACAGUCGAAGCUUAGAAUAUUAUUCCCAUACCCCGAUGGUAAUACUUGGACAAAAAAGCAAACAGACAACAUAUAAAAGUUUUUUUAACAAUCAACCGUGUGUACUUAAGGAGGUUGAAUUAGAUAAAAAGUUUGUAACCUACACUGACGUUUUGUCCCGGUUAAUCGAGCAUGAAAAAUUGUUUGAAAGACAUGGUUGUCAAAGAUGGCAAAAAACUGAUUGCCUAUUUAAAGAUAGGGGAGAACGUAUACUUUAUAUUCAAACUUCAUAUUAUGAAGAAGGAAACAUUGAGGAAUUCUUUAAAAGGAGAAAACCUAAUAAUAGUAUCAUUGCUAAUAUUUUAAAACAGAUUCUGCUGGCAUUAGACUCUCACGACGGAGUAUCUCUGAAGCCAAAUAAUAUAUAUGUAAAAAACGAAAUGGAUAACUAUGUUGUUGUCUUAGGCGAACCAAACUUUUUUGAGACAAUGGAACGCCGUAUGAAUUCAAGUAUAUUUGUGCAUAAGUCCAUAUUAGGGUACCCUGUUCUUGAUAUAUUUCAAGAACAGCCAUCACCACAGUUUGACGUUGUUUGCUUUGCUGGGUUAGCAUUAUGGUUGUUGUAUCCGGAUGGGCCUUUUUCGCAAAAUAUCCAUUCAGAUAUUGAAGUUAUUGUUCAGGAUGGAGAGUUAAAAACCUUGUUUAGAAGAAUCUUAAGUUUGACACCGGCUGAUCGAUCCACUUUUAAAGAAAUUUUAGUCCAUCCUUUCUUUGCAAAUAUAAAUUUGGAACGUGAGGUGACAACUGAAAUAACGAAUGAAAUAAAAGAUUACGAUGAUGAUAUCCUUAGUUCUGAUACGUUGCUUGUUGAAUUAGUCGAUAAACCAGAUGAUCUUAUGAAAAAGGAUGAUUAUAUCGAAGAAAUAAAAAAAGACCAGUGUUUAUCGAUUGACAGCGAUAUUGAGAAUGUGGAAGUUGCACUUUUUGCAUGGUGUGAUAUGCUAGAGAAAAAAAAUCAUUUGCAUAAAACAUUAAUCGCAAAGCCCGAAGAGUCACUUAUUUUUGAUAAUGAAGAUUUUUGAAAUAUAUUUUGUUUUUUUAUCUGGUGCUAAAACAAAGCCAGAAUUAUCUUUUUAUCCUUUUGAAAAAAAUAAUGUUGAUUGAA